GCAAAAACCAAUAAUAUAUAUAUAUACAUAUAUAUAUACUAGCGCAGACUCCACUGGGCUCGGGGCCGAGGCACUAACUACCAGGGCACACUACACUGUGUCGUAAAAUUAACUCAGUUGGCACUUACUGCGUAGUUAGUUGCCGGAAGCCUGCCUGGACCGUUCGUUGGAUUGCCUGCUGAUUCCAGUCGAAGUGGGGAGUCUCUAUGGGCGGGGAAAACACAAGGCUAAAAAUGCGCCCACUUUUAAAUACUGAGUAGUUACCUACCAUCUGUUGUUUCAUUUCUUUGCUCUGGUAGAAUAGUUAUUGCUUGCCAGUACGAUUACAGACUGACACCAACGCUGCUCCGCAACCAUUCGAAAAUAUCCCCCCCACCAGCAACAAACCCAAAGAGAUCGCUUGCUUGCUCCUACGUAUUGCUAUGUCUACAAAUCCAAAUCCAAGAACGGGCACGUCUUUGCCAGCUCUGGUCCAGCUCACCGUAAAGACCGACCCGUGGGAUAUUGACGGCAAGCCUGAACUGGGCCCUUCCCACCAACCCUGGAGAGCAUACUGGCCACCAGAUAUCACCGCUGUCAGUGAACGGGAGUUAUCUGCUAAGCCAUGGCUUACAUGGAAACAUGAUCCCAUGAAGAUGAACAAUAAGCCCUGGUAUGACUGGGUCCGCCCAGACUUGGAUCCAGAACCAUCAGACGGGUGGUGCCCCCCGGAAUGUGUAUAUUGCGGCGGAAGAGGCUGUGGUCCCCGCUCGACUGGUGCUGAAGGGGCUUAGGAACGGUUUAUUAUACGAGGGAAUGGUCAGAGGCUUCAAGCUCGUUCAAUUGAUAUUGCGUUUUGUCUUUUAUGUUUGUUAUUACCUACAUAUACGCACCCCCAGAAACUGAACAGGAUAGUUGGUACCUUGCACUUGCACGUACACUACGAUUGGAAGAAUCGUUGUCCGUAAUUCAAUGAAGAGAGAGACACUCCUUGAAAUACAAUAUACGAAAAACCCCUGAAUUCCUCAACUCAACCCUUUUUCAGUCAUUGGCCUCAUUCAUUUUUGUAGAAGACGUAUGUCCUGACUUCAAUACUUUCUCUAAAGAACGGGUUUUCCGGAUCACGAUUCGGAUAUAGAAACGAUACAUGCGGAGCAUCUUUGCAGCCGUUAGCUCAUAUCAUCUUAGGAGUCCGCUUAAUACUAACAUUGCGCAACUUUAUCAUUUAUGAUAGCCUCGGAAUCAAAACACUUGAAUAUUAAGGCUUCGGUUGCGAGCUGUCC